AUGCCUGACUUAGCAAAUACAAUUGUUCAAUAUUGCAAGAAUUUAAAACAUUUGAGCAUACGUGUUCCUCGUCGCAUUAUGAUUGACACUUCUGUAAAAAAGUUAACAGAGCUGGAAAAUCUUGAAUGUUUAACUUUGCUUGGUUGCGUUAUGCUCAGAGACGAAUCAAUAAUUGCAAUUUCAAACAAUUGUAAAAAACUUAAACAGUUAGAAAUUCCUGCUAGUUGUAUUUAUGAUUCACGUUUCUCUUCAUCUGUUCUUGAUGAGAUAUCAAAAUUACAAUAUCUUGAACAUCUAAACUUGUUUUUGGUAAUGAGUCUCAAAAAUAGUACAAUUAUUGCCAUUGCUAAUAAUUGUAAAUACCUGAAAAGUUUAAACAUCCGACGUAGCGGUGCUAUUAAUACAACAGCUCACGAUGCUAUUAAUGAAACAGCUCUCGGUGCUUUAACAAAGUUGGAAAAUUUACAAAAACUAGAUGUAAGCUUUCUUGAUAUUACAGACAGCUUCAUUAGUAAAUUGAAAGGAUUAAAAGAAUUCUAUUGUUACGAUUGCAAGAAACUUACUGAUGAUGGUAUCAUUCAAUUUAUUAAAAAUAACCGAGAUCUUGAUAUGAUUGAUGUCCGUGGUAUAGAUAAUAUUACAAUUAACUUGGUUAAUGCUGCUGAUCAGGCAACUAAAAAUCGUACAAAUGGUAUUAUUUUACACAUGAAAAUAUCUAAUCCGUCAAUAAAAGAAGCUUCGAUGUCAAUAAUUAAAUCUCAGUGGUUGGUUGUUGAUUAG